GAGGGCAUGAUCAGAAAAGGCCCAAUGGUUUCCUUGCUUUAUUUGUUUUUUUAUUGUUGUUAUCGUCGUGCAUCUUUGAACUAACUAAGUACUAGUACUAGAGAAUAAUUUUAUGGACUUUCAGAUCAAACUAAGUUAAGUACUCUCUAAUUUAAUAUAACUUUUAUCAGCGACAAUUAAUAUAGAUCGGAGGGAGUACUAAAGAAUAAUUUUAUUGACUUUCAGAUCAGCCAAAUUCCUCCACUCUGUCUGAACUGUUCUAAAAUAUAUACUUUUGUAGUUGCAAUACUGCCCUGCCCUGCCCGGCAGUUUAUUUUUCUCAUUGUUUAUUAUUCACCAGACACGAACUAGGGGUAGUAUAAUACUCUACGCCACCACUGACUCUAGGGGCCAGAGCUGAAUUAAGCUAAAAGUACUACGCUGUUCUUCACAAGAUUGUUUAUUCCAUCUGUUAAUUAACUUCACCGCUACGCUGUUAUUCAUCUUCACACUAUCAUCCGAGGGCACGCCGUGUCUUCUACGUACACGUGCACCACUACAGCUAUAUAAACACAUCCCAUUCCACACAUUGUGGACAGACCAAACCACCAGUAAUCAAGCACCAAUCGAGCAGAUCAUGGCCAUUCCCAAGACUUUGCUUCUUGCCAUCGUAGGCUGCAUCUGCUUAUGCAGCAGUGCUGUUAUGUCAGCUCGCGAGCUCAACGACGCGACCAUGGUGGAGAGGCAUGAGCAGUGGAUGGCGAAGUUCAACCGCCUUUACAAGGACGGCACCGAGAAGGCACAUCGGUAUGAGGUGUUCAAGGCCAACGUUGCCUUCAUCGAGUCGUUCAACGCCGGAAACCACAAGUUCUGGCUCGGUGUCAACCAGUUUACCGACCUCACCAAUGAUGAGUUCAAGGCAACCAAGACCAACAAGGGCCUCAAGAGGAGCGGUAGCCAGGCUCCAACCGGGUUCAAGUACAACAAUGUCAGCACCGAUGCACUUCCAGCCGCUGUUGAUUGGAGAACCAAGGGUGCCGUUACUCCUAUCAAAGACCAAGGCCAAUGUGGCUGCUGCUGGGCCUUUUCAGCUGUAGCCGCAACCGAAGGCAUUGUGAAGUUGAGCUCCGGGAAGCUAGUCUCUCUGUCGGAACAAGAGCUAGUUGACUGUGACGUUCAUGGUGUUGAUCAGGGUUGUGAGGGUGGUGAGAUGGACGAUGCCUUCAAGUUCAUCAUCAAGAAUGGCGGCCUCACCACCGAGGCCAACUACCCCUACACGGCACAAGACGGACAAUGUAAGAUAAGCAUUGCAAGCAACAGUGUUGCAACCAUCAAGGGCUACGAGGAUGUGCCCGCCAACGACGAAUCUUCUCUUAUGAAAGCCGUGGCUAACCAGCCUGUGUCAAUAGCUGUGGACGGAGGGGAUGUCAUAUUUCAACAUUACUCCGGCGGGGUAAUGACCGGCUCAUGUGGGACUGAUUUGGACCAUGGCAUAGCAGCUAUUGGAUAUGGCAUGACAAGUGACGGAACUAAGUAUUGGCUACUGAAAAACUCAUGGGGCACGACAUGGGGCGAGAGUGGGUACCUUAGAAUGGAGAAGGAUAUUUCUGACAAGAGUGGUAUGUGUGGCUUGGCCAUGCAACCUUCCUACCCCACCAAGUAG